AUGGCUCCCUCUGCUACUACCACCGUCACCGAGACCGAGUCUCUACCGCAGCAGCUGAAGACGACCCGAUUCUUCGGCGCGUACAAGGAGAUUGCUCCCUUCAAGUACGACAAAGACGUCGAAGAGGGUAAGACUGGACUAAGGCCCGCGAAGUACCCCAACUAUCUGCCAACAUGGAAUCCCGAGCAGAAGUAUCCUCCCCUGGAGCCCUUUGAGCACUACGAGCACGGCAAGGACGCCGACACCACGUAUCCCGACCUUCUUCCCGAAGGCACCAAGAUUGUCGAUCUCACGCCCACCAUCGGAUCUGAGAUCCGCGGUAUCCAGCUGAGCUCUCUAAGCGAUGCCGGCAAGGACCAGCUCGCCCGCUACGUAGCGGAGAGGAAGGUAGUCGCAUUCCGAGACCAGGACUUUGCCGACCUGCCCAUCGAGAAGGCUUUGGAAUUCGGCGGUUACUUCGGCCGCCACCACAUCCACCCGACCUCUGGUUCUCCCGAAGGCCAUCCCGAGAUCCACCUCGUCCACCGUGGUGAAGGGGAUAAGAGCCAUGACCAAUUCUUCGAGAACACUGUCAGCUCAGUGGCCUGGCACUCGGACGUGUCGUACGAGCAGCAGCCUCCCGGAACGACAUUCCUAUACAUCCUCGACAAGCCUGAGACUGGCGGCGACACCAUAUUCGUCAACGCUGUCGAAGCAUACAACCGCCUGAGCCCGCUCUUCCAGGAGCGUCUACACGGCUUGAAGGCUAACCACUCCGGAAUCGAACAAGCCAACGCGUCGAACGCAAGGGGCGGCAUCAGAAGGCGAGAGCCCGUCGUGAAUGCCCACCCCAUUGUCCGGACACAUCCCGCGACCGGCGAAAAGGCGCUAUACGUGAACCCUCAGUUCACCCGCAACAUCGUCGGUCUCAAGAAGGAAGAAUCCGACGCGAUCCUCAAGUUCCUAUACGACCACCUCGCGUACGGCGCCGACUUCCAGGCGCGCGUCAAGUGGGAGGAGGGCACGGUCGUCGUCUGGGACAACCGCGUAACGCAGCACUCGGCGCUGCACGACUGGAAGACCGGCCAGCGAAGGCAUCUGGCGCGCAUCACGCCGCAGGCCGAGCGGCCGUACGAGACGCCCUUCCAGCCGUCGUCGUGAUUGCCCGCCCCUGAUUUACUUGUGUGUGUAUAUAUAAUAUAAGCCUGCCCAUCUAAGUUAUAGAAACCCCGGAAUGAUAUCAUCUGUUGUUGACUGCGCUUUGCUUGACGCUGUUGCUGCUGCUGCUGCUAAUUUGCUACGUUGCUCGCGACUGCGCUUGCGGUCUUCCUGCCGCCGUUUAAGACGACUUAGGAAGUCUCCGCUGCCGGCAUCGUCGUCUGAUAAUGCAGAGACUUCCGUGGUGGUCCGAUUUUCUGGUUGUCGGAUGAUAGGAUGAACUUUCUCCGCACGGCGU